UACACCGAUUCCCUGUCAGAGCAGAGUCGGGAAAUUAAUUUUCCGUUUUACCUACUACUUCUUGAAAGAGAACGAAAAACGUUGUGGUGGAUAAACGGAAGAAGAGAAAACUUGGAAUAAAAGAGGAAGACAAGUGGAAAGAAGGAUCGUCAACGAUCGUAGACGGUGUCGGGGAACCGGAAUCGGUGAUCAGACUAUCCGGGGGACAAGCGUUUUAUACGGAGAAAAAGCCAAGACAGGAAGGAAGAUAGGGAGAAGGGGAGGAAAAAGAAGAAAGAGACAGAGGGAAAAGAGAGGGAAAUUGGCGUAAGAAAGUUUGCGAGGAUCGCGUGCGAAAGUAAAAUUGGCGAGCGCGAAAGAGAAAAGUUGGCGAAAAGAUAAUUAAACUGGAAUCAUGCGACGCGAUUCGACGAGACACGGAUCGAAGAUUGGACGAAUGGAAGUAAAAAAGGGGAAAAGAAUAAAUAAUCGUUGGGCGAGGAAGGAGGAUUCGUUGUAACCCUGUUGGCGACUGGUCUGGCCACCGUUGGAACGCUACGCGUUUCUUCGAACGUUAAUUCGAGGGAAUAGCUAUCGAGGGAAUAGCGUGGUAACGCGAGGAUCUGCGAAAAGAGAGCAUCAUCGGUCGGGACACGGUGGUGGACGCAACGCGUGAUAUCGAUCGUUCUCGUAAUCGGUAUCGACGACACACGCGCGUUUCGAUUCGACGAAUACGACGAGUACGAGGAAUACGUUUGCUCGAGUAACGAAGGACUCUUUGCUCGAGAAAUUGGAAUCAGCGGAGAGCAACGAGCACGGGAAAUUCUUUCUAGUUUGGUUCAGGGAACGAUCGAAUAUGGAAAUCGCAGCCUCUGCAAUGUUGGAUGGCCUGAAAAACAAUCGAAUCAGCAAGUUGGCACUGUCGCGGUUCUUGUCGCAGAGUCUAGCACAAUUGGAGACAACUGGUAGUCCAGCGAACAAACCAGCAACAUCGGCAGGUGGAAGCGGCGGGGUCGGAAGCAGCGGAGCGGGUGCCGGGACGAGCGGUUCGACGACGAUCGGCACGGCCGCGGGAGGUGGCGGAUCCGGUUUGAGUGUUGCCACCUCGUCUGGUCUAGGGAGCGCGAAUGCGGGAACAAGCGGAAUCGGCGCUGGAGCGAACGUGGUUUCCGGCAGUGGUACCGCCAGCAGCGUGGCUGCUGGAACUGUCGAACCUCGUACUCCGACAGCCGGAGUACAAAACAAACAGCUGCAGAAUGUGAAAGGAGAUCAUCCGUCGAAAGCAUUCCUACUGCAGAACAGGUCGAUGUCUUUGGUGGACAUGUACAUCGACAACUCGGAACCCAGCGAGAACGUUGGUCAAAUUCACUUCAGCUUGGAAUACGACUUUCAAAAUACUACUCUUAUCCUACGUAUUAUACAGGGUAAAGAUUUGCCGGCAAAGGACUUGUCUGGAACGUCCGAUCCUUACGUCCGCGUCGCUCUCUUGCCGGACAAGAAACGUCGUCUCGAGACGAAGAUCAAGAGACGUACGCUAAAUCCUCGAUGGAACGAAACGUUCUACUUCGAAGGUUUCCCAAUUCAGAAGUUACAAAGCAGAGUGCUACAUUUACACGUGUUCGACUACGAUCGAUUUUCAAGGGACGAUUCUAUCGGAGAAAUGUUCCUUCCGCUUUGUCAGGUCGACUUUUCGGACAAACCUUCGUUUUGGAAAGCUUUGAAACCGCCGGCAAAGGACAAGUGUGGAGAAUUAUUGUGUUCCUUGUGCUAUCAUCCGAGCAAUUCCGUACUCACUUUGACGCUUUUGAAAGCGAGGAAUUUGAAAGCAAAGGAUAUCAAUGGAAAAUCAGAUCCAUACGUAAAAGUAUGGUUACAAUUCGGCGAUAAGAGAAUCGAGAAACGGAAGACUCCUAUAUUUAAAUGUACCCUAAACCCGGUGUUCAACGAAGCCUUCUCUUUCAAUGUACCGUGGGAAAAGAUUCGAGAAUGUUCGUUGGACGUAAUGGUGAUGGACUUUGACAACAUUGGCCGAAACGAGUUGAUCGGACGGAUACAACUUGCAGGAAAAAACGGUAGUGGAGCAAGCGAAACGAAGCACUGGCAAGACAUGAUUACGAAGCCACGACAAACGAUCGUGCAAUGGCAUCGAUUAAAGCCGGAGUAAAGGUUCGAACGACUUUGGUAUUUUUACAUUACGAGAACAUUGGAAAUCGUCGAUUAAACCCGAAUCUGUAACAUCGAGGGUAUCUUCCGAAUUCUCGUGGUACUUGGAAUUCGUUACCCUUUGAUUACCGGUACACCUCUUCCUUCGCUUUUUCUUUCUCUCGUUUCUUCUCCUCCUCCUAUUCCUUCUCCACUCCCUA